AUGGAACAGUUUUCGACCGUCGUUAUGGCUGCCACUCGGUAUUUCUGUAGCGCAUCAACUUCUGGCACAUGCUCUGAAUUGUCUUUAGCGCCUAUUCCCGACGUAGCUCUUCUGGUUGUUGCUGCUUCUGCCGUUGCUUCUGUUCCUGUUGUUGCUUCUCUUGUUGCUGCCUUAGUUGUCGUUAUCCUUGUUGCUACCCAUUCCUUCCUCCUUGUCCGAUUAGUAGUAAUUUCUACUUAA